CAUCAAUGUAUAUUUUCUGACAAAUAUUACUGCUUUGUAAAUAAAUAACGAUAAAUCAGGCGAUCAUUUAGUCACCUACUGCCGGCAUGGUAUUGUCAGGAUUGGCUUGUAGCCAGCAUAAAGCCGGAAAGGACCCAUUAACUCAACCGGGACUGGCAGCCAGAGCAACCGUGGAUGUUCGGUGUAGUGAAUACGGACCUGAUGACAGCGUCCUGCUCCUGAUAUCCCGGAGAAAAGAAAUCAGGGAGACACGGUGCUGGAACUACUAACACAUAUCUGGUGGAUUAUUUCUAAGAAUAUAUCUGAGAUUUAUCGUCCAGAAUAUGUGCAUUCACGCCAUUCAGUAGCUGUUUUUGUCUUUUUUUAAUGUAAUUCUCAAACCCACGGCGCAGUGCUCAUGAGAUGAGCCUACUUGGUGGCUAUAAGAAAAAGCCAUGCAGUUAUGAUGGCUAUGAAUCUUUACAGUUGGUCGAUAGCAGCGGAGGCUUCAAUAACGGAGGAGGGAGACGCAGCGGAAUCGGCUUGGUAUCAGCAGCAACCCUAGGAGGACCGAAGGCAGGCCCACUGCGGGAGAACGACUGCAGCACCAUGGACAGCUCAGGUCCUCCAUCUCCAGAUAUGGACGCAAACUAUGGCGGAGGCCUGCUGGACAUGGUGAAGGGCGGAGCCGGCAAAUUCUUCAGCAACUUCAAGGAUAACCUGAAGGACACUCUAAAGGACACCUCCACCAAAGUCAUGCACCAGGUGGCCACAUACACAAAAGGAGAGCUGGACAUUGCCUACAUCACAUCACGAAUCAUAGUGAUGUCAUAUCCUGCAGAGGCAUUGCAGAUCGGCAACCAGAACCAUGUGGAGGAUAUGCGCUCCUUUCUGGACUCACGGCACGCUGACCACUACACUGUCUUCAACCUGUCACAGCGCAACUACCGAGGCGCAAAGUUCUCCAACCGGGUCUCAGAGUGUAACUGGCCAUCCCGCCAGGCUCCCAGCCUGCACAACCUGUUUGCGGUGUGUAAGAACAUGCACAACUGGCUCAAACAGAACCCCAAGAAUGUGUGUGUCAUCACCUGCUCGGACGGCCGUGCUCCGUCGGGUGUGCUGGUCUGUGCCAUGUUCUGCUUCUGCCACCUCUUCUCCAACCCAGUGCCCGCCAUGCAGCUGCUGAGCGCCAAGAGACCCGGCUCUGGCCUCUGGCCCUCGCACCGGAGGUACAUAGGCUAUGUGUGCAGUAUGGUAUCAGAGAAGCCCUCCCUGCCACACUCCAAGCCCCUGGUGGUCAAGGCAGUCACCAUGAGUCCAGUACCUUGCUUCAACAAACAACGCAUCGGCUGCAGACCCUUCUCUGAGAUCCUCAUAGGGGAGACCAAGAUCUUCUCUACUGCACAGGACUAUGAGAGGAUGAGAGAGCACAGGGUCCAGGAGGGGAAGGUUGUCUUCCCUCUAGGUGUGAAUGUCCAGGGUGAUGUGGUCAUUUCUGUCUAUCAUAUGAGGAACACCAUCGGAGGACGACUGCAGGCCAAGGUGUCCAACACCCAGAUAUUCCAGAUCCAGUUCCACACAGGCUUCAUUGCUCCAGGGACCACUGUGUUGAAGUUUACAAAGCCGGAGCUGGAUGCGUGUGACUCUCCAGAGAAGUACCCUCAGUUGUUCCAUGUGUUGGUGGACAUCGAGGUGGAGAGCACUGACAAGCAGAAGGACCUGACCCCUCCCUGGGAACAGUUCCCUAAUAAAGACCUCAUCCCCAACGUACUGUUCUCCUGUCACCAGGAACACCAGGACGCACUGGCCAUAGCAGAGCCAAGCCGGUCCCAAGGCGGUCUGGAUGGUCGUCCUCACGGGGAGGACAGUGAGCCGUCUGAUGACGAGAUGCUGUCCCUUUCCAGCCAGCAAAGCCACGCUAGUGUAGAGAGACCUGGAGGGGCUCAGACUGGUACCAGGGGCCCCAAGAGACCCGAGCAGCCCCACGCCCCCCCCGCUGCUCCUCCUCCUCCCCCAGAAGAGGUGGACCUCCUGGGCCUGGAUGGGGUGGCAGUGAACACCCCAUGCCCCUCGCCCCAGCCCCCGACCACCAACACCACCACAGACCUCCUGGGGGACCUGUUUGGGGCCUCCCCCCAGACAGGGAGUGGGCCCACUUCGGCCCAGUCCACCCCACAGAAAAUAGCCCCUCCCUCCACCCUCCCCUGCCCCUAUCCAGCGUUGGACCCGUUUGGGGCGGGUCCGAUGCCCAAGCCCCAGGAGCUGAUGGGGUCCUUCCUGGGUCCAGCAGGCCACAGCUCCCCAGUCCCACCCACCACCCCUGUAGUCACCAUUCAGCAGCCUCCCAACGCCAUGGGAGGAUGGGACUGGAACAAACCUGCAGCUCCAGGAGGUGGUUUCAGUAUGGGCAGCAAGUCAGCCAGUACCAGUCCUACUGGGUCGGUCAACAACACUCCCACACACCAGGCCAAACCCAACACUCUGGACCCCUUUGCUGACAUCGGAAACCUUGGGGGAAGUCUGGGAGGAGGAUCUGGGUUCUCCAGUAAGCCCACCACCCCUACAGGCACCACCCCUGCCUUCCCCCCCAUGGGCUCCCCCUCACGGCCUCCUCCCUCGCCCCAGCACGGUGGGGGCUGGCAGGCCAACACAGGCCUUCCCUCCUGGAAGCCCGGUGGUGGUGGUGUUGGAGGGCAGCCAGGGUGGCAGCCCCAACCACAGGGUCAGGGUGGUCCAUCCCCCCAGGCCAAGCCCAGCACCAGCCACUCCAUGCCCCACACCUCCCCCUCCAACAGACCCAACUACAACAUCAGCUUCUCUGCCAUGGGAGGAGGAGCUGCUCCCAAUGCAGCCGGGAAACAACAGCCCAACAUGGGUACCAAGCCCAAAGUUGCAAUGGCUAACUUUGAUGACCUGCUGUCUGGCCAAAGCUUUGCUGGAGCCAAAAAGAAGGAAGGUCCCAGGACAAUAGCAGAGAUGAGAAAGGAGGAGAUGGCUAAAGAGAUGGACCCCGAGAAACUCAAGAUUCUGGACUGGAUCGAGGGGAAGGAGCGUAACAUCCGGGCCCUGCUGUCCACCAUGCACACGGUGCUGUGGGAGGGGGAGACCCGCUGGAAGCCUGUAGGCAUGGCUGACCUGGUGACCCCAGAGCAGGUCAAGAAGGUCUACCGUAAAGCUGUGCUGGUGGUCCAUCCAGACAAGGCCACUGGACAGCCCUAUGAACAAUAUGCCAAGAUGAUUUUUAUGGAACUGAAUGAUGCCUGGUCAGAAUUUGACAGCCAAGGACAAAAAGCACUCUACUGAGCUGAGAGAGAGAGAGAGGGAGAGAGAGAAAGAGUUCCUGCCGACCCCCUGUGAUCAAUAAUCAAGCCCCCACCGGAUCUGAUUCCCCCCCUCCUUCUCUUCUUGUCACUGUCCUGUGGACUCUACUCCAUAGAGACUUCAAUAGCCAGACUAACAGAAAGAUACCUACCUACCCACCUACCUAUGUAUCUGGUGGCAGAACUGUCCAACUGUCCAACAAGAACUGUUCAACCCUGUCCUACAUGUCCGAGUCCUGAACCAAGCAAAGAGUCCUGAACCAAUGAAUGCAGUCAUCCAGCUGUCUAUGGAGACAUCGCCGGAGUGAUACUGUCCACCUAACACCGGACAUAGGUGAUAAUGACAUACCUGUGGUCACAGUGUUGUUAGCCAGGUGCUAUAUAGAGCAGGACGAUGCCAAUGUUUUACACACAGUAGCAUUAACACAGUGUUCCUGUCACAGUCACCUGUGUGACUUUGAAGUGAAGAUCUAGAGCCAGUGUUGGGAGUGGAUGGCCUAUUCAAUUAGGCACUGUACCACUGACUGUAAGGUCUAUACACCACAGUGAUCUCAGAAAUACCAUGUCAAAUAAUUGAAUAUAGAGCGAUCACAGAGUUUCCACCUGAGUUGUCUAUCUUCAUGGAAAAGCUACUGUUAUCUAUGUUAUUUGAAUUACCAAUUUAGAUCAAUGUGCUUCCACAGAACUCCACAGGAGAGUUCUAGGAGACAACAAGAUAAUUGCAAGCCAGGGGUAACAUGUGUUCGUUCUGACAACAACCUGGAGACUCAACUUGACAUGCAGUUAGUAGGUGAAGGUAGGCAGGAUAUUCGUUGUUGCACCCCCACCUUUACUACCUACGGUGGUUGGUUCUUGUGUUUUCUUGCCCUCCGUCUCAGAAAGGUGCAAAAUGUCUUUAGCUUUAACACAGAGAGUAAACUCCGCGGCAGUCUAUUACCAGUCUUAAAUCUGGAAUCCACAUUAGGUGAAACAGCGCCACCGGUCACCCCAGGCACAUUUGUUACGAAGAGAGGAGAGGAGUUCAGAGAGAGAGAGCGAUAUCCAGCAUCUAGCAUCUUGGUUUUUUAAAACUCUGCUGUUCUAUCGAGUGUGCAAUCAUGUCCGAAGUACCGUCUUUGUAAUAUCACAAAUGGACAUGGCAGUUUGACCGCUAUCGAUUCCAGCUUUAAACAUACAGUACUCACUCUCAUCUUUACAGUCACUUGCUAGUGGGCGGCAGGUAGCCUUGCGGCUAAGCAUGUUGUGCUAGUAACCGGAAGGUUGCUGGUUCAAAUCCCCGCGCUGACUAGGUAAAAAAUCACUUGAUGUGCCCUUGAGCAAGGCACUUAACCCUAAUUUCUCCUGUAAAUGUAGUGUCUACAGUCUGAAAGAACCUGUGUGUAAAGGAUAUUAUCCACAAUCAGAGAAAGUAUCCCCUAUCACACUGCUGUACUUAUCUAAGAAGCUUCAUCAUCGUUAUGUGUAGUUUUACUCUGUAUUAUGUUCAUUUAUUGACUAAUUUCAGAUGAUUCAGUCCCUCCCAAUGAAGAAUCUUUCAUUUUAUUGCGGGUAAUGUUUAGUAACAUGCAGGUGGUGUAUUGUCUUAUUCAUCCUUUGCUGUAUCCUCUAAAGUGUUUACUUUUAAAUCAUGACAAAUAUUUGAAAUGAAAUUCUGAUUGAUCAAAGGCAACCUGUCAUUGAUGAGGGCUUUUAUAUUUACAU